CGCGUGCGCGAGCCUGGCCGCUUCCUCCUGCUGGGAGCAAAGGGCAGGCCGGCUGUUAGUGUCCUGACACCGGAUCUCGCGGAUUCGUGCCAUGGCGGGAGCUGAAUGGGAGUCGCUGGAGAAGUGCUUGGAAAAACAUCUGCCGCCUGGAGAUUUGCAGGAGGUGAAGCGCGUUCUCUAUGGCAAGGAGCUCAGGAAGCUUGAUCUACCCAGCAGAGCCUUUGAAGCUGCCUCCAGAGAAGACUUUGAACUGCAGGGAUAUGCCUUUGAGGCAGCUGAGGAGCAGCUGAGACCACCCCGCAUUGUGCGUGUGGGGUUGGUUCAGAAUAAAACACCUCUUCCUGCGGAUGCCCCUGUGGCAGAACAGGUCUCUGCACUGCACAGACGCAUAGAGGCCAUCGCAGAAGUGGCUGCAAUGUGCAGAGUCAACAUCGUCUGUUUCCAGGAAGCGUGGACUAUGCCCUUUGCCUUCUGUACAAGAGAGAAGCUUCCUUGGACCGAAUUUGCUGAGUCAGCAGAAGACGGACCCACCACCAGAUUCUGUCAGAAGCUGGCAAAGAAGCAUGACAUGGUGGUAGUGUCCCCCAUCCUGGAACGAGAUGGAGAACAUGGGGAUGUUUUGUGGAACACAGCUGUGGUGAUCUCCAAUUCUGGAGCAGUCCUGGGAAAGACUAGGAAGAACCACAUACCCAGAGUGGGUGAUUUCAAUGAGUCAACUUACUACAUGGAGGGAAACCUGGGCCACCCCGUGUUCCAGACACAGUUUGGAAAGAUUGCGGUGAAUAUUUGCUACGGGCGGCACCACCCUCUCAACUGGCUCAUGUACAGCAUCAAUGGAGCCGAGAUCAUCUUCAACCCCUCAGCCACCAUCGGAACACUCAGCGAGUCCUUAUGGCCUAUCGAGGCCAGAAACGCAGCCAUUGCCAAUCACUGCUUUACCUGUGCCAUCAACCGCGUGGGCAAGGAGCACUUCCCGAAUGAGUUUACCUCUGGAGAUGGAAAGAAAGCUCACAAGGACUUUGGCUAUUUUUAUGGCUCAAGCUACGUGGCAGCCCCUGAUAGCAGCCGGACUCCUGGGCUGUCCCGUAGCCUGGAUGGGCUGCUGGUUGCCGAGCUUGACCUCAACCUCUGUCGGCAGAUGAAUGAUGUCUGGAACUUCAAGAUGACCGGCAGAUACGAGAUGUACGCACAGGAGCUUGCUGAAUCUGUCAAACCCAACUACAGCCCCACAAUCAUGAAAGAGUAGCUGGCUUCAUCUUCUGUCUGCCUUGGGACUUGGAGGAUACCUCUGCCCCAAGCAGAUUAGCAAGUGUAGCAGGUUUAAGGUGUCUAUGUUCUCCCUGAUAAUGUUGCUGUCUAUAUUGGUUUUAAAAUGGUCAGGCAGCAGGAGAGUGGGAUGGGGAGUGACUGCUUACUGGGUGCAAGGUUUCCUUCUGGGGUAUUGGUAAUGUUUUGGGACUAGAUAGAAGUGAUAGGUACACAACACUGAAUGUACUAAAUACCACUGAAUUGUAUACUUUUAAAUGUUCAUUUUAGGUUAUGUGACUUUUAUUUCAAUUUUCAAAAAAAUGCCCAGGCACUGCUUGUGUAGGUGGAUUUGAAGUUAAAUAGAUGGGACACCCCAACCCUUAGUGUGGGAGUCUGUGUGCCAGUGGGAAAAGGGUGAGGGCUGAUCCCAAGUCCCUGAGCCAAUUUAUAUGCAGCAGGUGGAACAGUCUUUCUAUAUGUUGACUUGUCUAGGCUAUAAUCCCCUAGACACUAGUCUAGGUAUUACUGUGAAGGUAUUUGUAGAUGUGACUAAAGUCCAUACUCAGUUGACUAAGUAAGUGAGAUUAUUCCAGAUAAUUGGGGAGGCCUGACUUGAUCAGUCAGAAGGCCUAAAGAGCAGAUCUAAGACUUCCCUGAGAAAAAGAAAUUCUGCCUGUGGACAGCAACUCAGCCCUUGGUCAGAGGUCCUGACAGCCUGCCUUUCCUGACAGCCUACCCUUCAGAUUUUGGAAGUGACUAUUCAGCCCUUAGAAUCACUGAAGUCAAUUCCUUGCAAUAAAUCUCUUAAUAUAUA